AUGGCAACUAACAAUGAUGUUGGAACACCAGAGCAAGUGACUAACGUUCCAAUAAGUAAGCCAUUAUUAAAAUUAAAAGCUCUCGAAUUAUUACGCCAAGGAGACUUUGAAGCCCUACAAAAGUUUAGAAUAUCUCAAUUAGAAUCAAAUCCAGCUGAAAAGGAUACUGAAUGUCUCUUACUUCAUUUAGCAGUUCAAGUUGCCCCAACCCCAUUAAUUGAAAAAAUUAUCAAUAAUUGGACUCAACCAAAGAAUUCUUCGUCUUCACCCACAAUGACAAAGCCUUUGAAGACGUUAGAUAUUAACUAUCAAGAUGUAAAUGGGAACACUCCUUUACAUUUGGCGGCGGCUCAAUCACGAAGGGAAGUUGUAUUAAUGCUAUUAAGACAACCAGAAAUUAAUGAAUGUAUCACUAAUAAGUCCGAUCUAGUACCUGUUGAAAUGUGUAAAGAUUUAAAUAUUGCACAACUGAUGCAAAUUGAAAGAUCAAAUUACCUUACUAAGACGAAAAAUCAAAUCCAUGAUGCAUUUGAAAAAAAUGAUAUAAAAACUUUAGAAACCAUUUUGAAUACUCCAAGAAAUGUUGAUGUUUUAGAUAUUAAUUACUUUGAUCAGAAAUCAGGUGAUAGCUUGUUACAUACCUUUGUGAGAAAGAGAAACAUUGAAAUGUGUUCAUGGUUAUUGAAACAUGGUGCAGAUCCUCAUAGAAAGAACUUCGAUGGUAAAACACCGCUAGACCUAUUGAAAGAAAAUAAUGGAAGGCUUACUUCACCUGCUUCAGGAACACCUUCCUCAACUUCAAAAAAAGAGACUUCAUCAACUGCAAUAAAGAAGAAUUCGUUUACGGAGUCAGAACUAAGAAUGAUAUUGGAAAAAGCGGUUAAGAAUAAUACCAUCAACGAUGUAGCUGUCCCAAUUGGCAAAGCACCAACUUUCAAAGGAUAUUUGAAAAAAUUCACAAAUUUUGCUCAAGGAUAUAAACUUCGUUGGUUUGUAUUGACAUCCGAUGGGAAAUUAUCAUACUAUAAAGCUCCACAAGCUAUGAAAAAUAAAAAAUGUCGUGGUUCACUUGAUUUAUCUAGUUGUUAUAUUCAUUUAAAUUCUACUGAAAAAUUGAAAUUUGAAAUUAUUGGCACUGGUAAUACAAGGGCAAGAUGGCAAUUGAAGGGUAAUAACCAUGAAGAAACAAAUCAAUGGGUUUGCUUCAUUCAAAGUGCCAUAAGAUUUGCUAAAGAUGAGAAAAUGAAUAAAAGAAAUAAAAACAAUACAAUACCUCCAUCGUUGGCAAUUAAAAGAGGGCGUAUGCUGCCACCAUCUGCGUCUACGUCAGCGGUUAAUAAAUCUAGAAUUACUACUGCACCCGGGAAUAAAGUGAAAACGCAAGCAUUAAGAUCUCCUUCGGUUGACCUAUAUAGAAAUACAAGCAACCCGGCAUCAGUUGCUUCUAGUGAAGUUGAAUUGAGCGGUAACCUGACCGUUUCUGGUAAGCGUUACGUCAGUCAAAUGAUUGAAAAUAGAUUAGAAAGUUCAUCUGGUAUGAUAUCUAGUCAUUCGCGUACGCCUACUGUAGAAUCUUUUCAACCAUUAAAAUUAAGUGAAACUUUAACGAACCAUACCACUCCAACUUUGAAGAACACGUUGUUAUUGACCUCUCCGGUCGACACAACUAAUGGAAGUAUUGAUUCACCUUUUGACGACGAUGAUGAAAUUGAUAAUUUGAUUGACGACAAUCGAAACUCUGAUGAAGAAGGUGAAAGUGGUGCAUUUGCUAAAGUAGAUAAAGAUGAAGAAUAUUUAAAGAUGGAAUAUGGCCCAUAUACUGAAAAGUUAAACAUGUAUCAAAGAACUAUUUCCAUUGGGUUACAUGCCGUUAUUGAAGUGUUGAAUGGGGACGGAAAUAUUUCCAGUACAGACGUCAUUGAAACAAGAAAAUCCUUAAACAAUAUAGGAAAUAUUUUCAGUGAUAUGAAUAACUUGACAGCAGAAAGAGAUAAAGUAUUAGUAGGUAUGUUAACGAAAGAACGUGAUAUCAACAAUGUAUGGAUCCAAUCUGUAAGGGAUUUAGAAAGAGAGUUGACAAAUAAAAGUGAACGUUUGGCAUCGCUAGAUAAAGAAAGGAGACAUUUGAAAAGAAAGUUCCGUAAGAAAGUUUUAGAGGCCAAAGAGAAUGCACUUGUUAAUGAUAAUGCUUCAAAUAAUAAUGAAUCCUCUGAUAGUGAAAUGUCAGAUGAAUCUGAUACUUUAGAAGAUAUCGCCAAAUUUAUUAGUGCUACAAGAGAUGAAGAUGAGAAUUCAGAUGUUGAAGAAUUUUUUGAUGCAGAAGAACUGGUGGAUUCAGAUUCCAGUGGUCAUACCUCAGUGGAUAACAAAUCAGAACAACGUUCUCACCUUACCGUUACCAAAGUAGAACAUCCCUUGAGAAAUAGAGAUUCUAUUGAUGAGCAGCCUCGAAGUGAGGAAAUACUACAGGGAACACAGAAGAAGACCUUACCAGAGUAUGAAGAACCAAGAGAAAAUCAAAAUCGAAAGCAGCAGCAAUCACUGAAUGGAGAUGAAUCCGCUAAUUAUAAUACUCAAAAAGAUGAAGUUUCAAUGAGCCAAUCUGAAAAGCAGUUGGCAAGAGAACAACAAGUAACUCUGAUUGGGUCAAAUAAAAAACAGAAAACUAAAGAGGAAUUAUUACUUAAUGAAGGAUCUUUCCUAGGUUACGAAGAUGGAAUUAGAAAAAGAUUAGCGUUAGAUCAAGAUGAUAGACCUAAGGUUAGUUUAUGGGGUGUAUUAAAAUCUAUGGUUGGUAAAGAUAUGACAAGAAUGACGCUACCUGUUACAUUUAAUGAACCAACUUCAUUAUUACAAAGAGUCACAGAGGAUUUGGAGUAUUCAGAAUUAUUAGACCAGGCAGCAUCAUAUGACGAUUCCCUUUUAAGAUUGCUUUACAUCUCGGUGUUUACUGCAUCAUCGUAUGCAUCUACGAUUGGUAGAGUGGCUAAGCCAUUUAAUCCUUUAUUAGGUGAAACUUAUGAAUAUUCAAGACCCGAUAAACAUUUCAGAUUUUUCACAGAACAAGUCUCACAUCAUCCACCUAUUUCUGCAACGUGGACAGAAUCACCCAAAUGGGAUUUUUGGGGGGAAUCAUAUGUUGAUUCUAAAUUUAAUGGUAGAAAUUUCCAAUUUAAACAUUUGGGUCUUUGGUAUAUUAAAAUGAGACCAGAUAAUGGAUCACCAGAGGAAUUAUAUACUUUUAAGAAACCGAACAAUACAGUUAUUGGUAUUCUUGUUGGUAAUCCACAAGUGGAUAAUCAUGGUGAUGUCAAGAUCAUGAAUCAUACCACGGGAGAAUAUUGUAUAUUAAAUUUCAAAGCUCGUGGUUGGAGAUCAUCUGGCGCUUACGAAGUUAGAGGUGAGGUAUUUAAUAAACAGAAAAAAUGUGUAUGGGUUAUUGGCGGACAUUGGAAUGACUCGAUUUAUGGGAAAAAAGUUACAGGUAAAGGCAAUACUGAGUUAUCCUUAGAGAAAACAAAGACUGCUGCAUCUACAGCGACGAGACGCGGUCCCACAACUGAUGGAUCUAAAUUCUUAGUAUGGAAGGCAGCGCCAAGACCGGAUGCACCUUUCCAUUUGACUCCUUUUGCCAUUACAAUGAAUGCCCCACAACCACAUUUAGUUCCUUGGUUAGCUCCCACAGAUACUCGUUUGAGACCUGAUCAGAGAGCCAUGGAAGACGGUAGGUAUGACGAUGCUGCCAAUGAGAAACAUAGAUUGGAAGAAAAGCAAAGAGGUGUUAGGAAAUAUAGAGAAGCUAAUAAUCUGGAAUAUUCACCAAGAUGGUUUACGAAGGAAAUACAUCCAGUAACCAAGCUACCCUAUUGGAGAUAUAGAGGUGAUUAUUGGCCAUUAAGAAGGGAUAAGAAAUUAAAGGGUGUUUCCGAUAUCUUUUAA